AUGCUCUUUUACGCUUUCGCUUUCCUAGGCUCAGCACUAGCCUCAGCCGUCCCAGCUUGCAAACUCUCCCCCUCUGAUCACAAUUGGCCUUCUGUUGAAGAAUGGGGAGAGCUCAAUCGAACCAUCGGCUAUGCUCUACUCAAAACCCAUCCAGCCGCAUCUUCAUGCUAUAGGGGCAACCCACUUGACUCGCCCUUAUCAUGCCGAACCGUCGAGGGCAACUGGACUGCCGCCGCCCUCCACGCCGCUCUGCCUGAGUCGAUCGGUUCUCCACUCUAUGCCAACAACUCGUGUUUACCACCUGGUGCCGAUGGUUACAACGCUACCCAUGGAUGUCAUCUUGGUGGAUAUCCGAGCCAUAUUGUCAACGCUACCAGCAACGAGCAAAUUGCUAUUGCUACUCGCUGGACAUCCCAAAGGAACAUACGUAUUGUGGUCAAGGGAACUGGACACGAUUUGUUUGGGCGAUCCGCUGGAGCUCAUUCGCUAUCUAUCUGGACCCAUAACCUGAAGAAUAAAAAGCUCGUGCGCAAGUGGAAGAUACCCGGAUCAAACAAGACAGAUACAGUCUUGAUUGCGGGAAGCGGUCUCAACUAUGGCGAAGCCGUUGGCCAUGCUCUGAACUACGGCCGUGUCAUUGUGAGUGGCAACGACGCCACGGUAGGCCUUGGUGGCCACAUCCAAGGAGGAGGCCAUGGUCCAUUGUCAAGCACAUUCAGUCUUGCAGCUGACAACAUUUACCAAGUUCGCGUUGUUACAACCGAGGGUCAGAUUCUUGUAGCCGACGCCACUCAGAACCAGGACCUCUUGUGGGCGAUUCGUGGUGGCGGCGCAGGCCAGUACGGUAUCGUAACCGAAUACCUUAUCAAGGCUCAUGCUGCGCCUAGAGUCGUCAACGCCGGCUUCUCUGUUAGCCCUGCUGGCAACAGCUCUGCUGCUGUUGAAGCCAGCUUCAAGGCACAGGCUGCUCUUCUGCAAGAUCUUCCGUCUCUUAUGGACGCCGGUUGGGCUGGUGCCGCUAUUGUUUCGGGCAACCCAAAGACCGGUGUAACCAUUAGUCAGGGCAUCUACGCUUACAACACAUCGCCAUCAGCUGUUGAAAAGCUUAUCAAUUCGACCACCAAGCAUCUCUUGACUGCCAGUGGGGGACAAAACAGCAGUCUCAUUACUAUCAUGCCCGAUGAGAUUUCUGAGUCGAGUUAUCUAUCCUUUUUCAAUAAUGUCAAUGCUGGGGGUUCUCAUACAGCCGGCGCCAUGUCAAUGGUCUCGAGCCGUCUUCUGGGACGUCCGGAGUUGUCAGAUCUCAGCCAGGAAAAGCUCGUUGGCUAUGCGAAACGUCUCCUUAGUAAAGGGUUUGCUGUCAUCGGUCUUCAAGGAGGACCUGGACCUGCCAAGGUUGAUAAGAGUAUGCGCGGCGCUCUGCUCCCGACAUGGCGCUCUAACUACCUCCACGUCAUGAGCUAUGGCGCGAAGUUCAACACAGCCCUUGCACCGCAGGACAUGCUCAACGAUACUGCAGAGCAGCUUGAAGAAGGCACUGAGAGUUUGUGGCGGGAGUGGGCUCCUGAAACAGGCGCCUACAUGAAUGAGGGAAACCCCUUCAACUCCAACUUCAAGAAGGAUUUCUAUGGAAGCUACUACGAUCGAUUGCUCGAGGUAAAGAACAAGUAUGACCCCACCAACAGCCUGUGGGUUCUUUCUGGAGUGGGAAGUGAUGCUUGGGAUUAUAACCUGAACACUGGCAGACUCUGCAAGCAGUGA